UCCUUCAAUCUUCCCAGGGCAGAAAAGUGACAAUAUACGGAAGAGAAUACUUUUAUAAAAAAUGGCCACAACUGCGAUGAAUGGAACAGGAUUGCCUUUCACGAAGAAAGACGCGUUUGUAGUAACCUAUCGGUGUCAUAUGUCAUACCACUCGCUAAGAAGAGGCGACGUUGCAUUAGAUUAAAACGCAUCGCUUGUGGCGUCUGCUGGACAAUCAAUAAACGUGUGGACAUAGAAACAACAGGCAACGCAUAGUAGAUGAACUACGCGAAUAUAUGGCAAAGGCAGAAAUGCGGUUUAGAUGUUUAUAAGAUUCGAGCAUAUCAAAUGGGCAUCAAUUUGGCACUGAUUAAUCGUAUAAUGAUUCGUCUAAGGAUUGUGAAAUAACACGGUUGGUGACGAAUUAUUGGCAGUUUAAAAGCCGCGAAAUUUUCAAGAACAAGAAACCAUUCGGAUGAUAAAGGAGAAAUUAGUGUGAGUCGCCGGCAAUCGAAGAAACAAGAAUUCACAAUAAAGUUAAAUAAACACUACACCAACACGCGCGAGUGCUCGAAAUUUUUUUCCGGCCCUAAAAUUGUCGAUUGCACGCAAAGAUGCUCGUGAGUCGUGGUUUACGGACCAAGAAGAGCGUCUUACUUGGGGCUACCUUCGUCGUUUCGCUACAGCUGGUCGUAUAUGUUAUGGGCCUAUUUUACAAACAACUUCAGGAGAGCAAGUAUGUUCAAAAUGUUGUUAUAAUUGAAUCAUUGUCAUCCGAUCGUCUCUUACCAGCUCCAUCGUCGAGGUUGCCUGAUGGUGUAUUACAUUCAGAAAAAAUACCACGCAUAGAUGAAAUACCUUUGUUAAAAACUGUCAAUGAAACAUUGCAAGUGGGAUCAGGGAAAAUCCCUGAUCCAAAACAACAGAGAACUGAAACAAGAAGUGAAAAUAGUUUUUCCAAAGCUUCCAUAUUUUCUUGGAAUAACAUCUCGGUGAACCUGAGCACGUAUUCCUCGUACUACGAUAAACGCGACUUGGGGAAAACGCGUUAUGGAGAAUACAAAACAAGCGUGGUUAUCCUCGGCUAUGAAAGGAGUAGACUCAGACACGCGUUGUAUUGCAUGCUUAUAAUGGACGAUAACCGACGAGUUUUAAUAAAAAAGCGAGUACAGCGCACGUUAUUAGCCGAACUUUGGAAGAAAGAAGUGGACAAGUUCAGAGGUAUAAUGUAUAGAUGUAACAUGACUGUUCCUGGAACACCUCGAUUUGUAACUUUAGUCGAAUCAAAGAAUAUGGAUCACGUUCUCUCCGUUCCUUUCACGUCUUUCAUACCUGUGGUCGACUCGUCUUCACUCAUCAUACAUCAAUUUGGAGUUUGCUAUGAAACACCAUUAUAUGGUAAUAAAUACGACCAAGGGAUAAUGGAUUCCAUCGAAAUGAACAAGUUACUCGGAGCGACUUGGUUCACUAUCUACGUAUACGAGGCACACGACAAAGCCGUCGAGAUCUUGAAUUAUUACUCGAAAGAGUUGAAAAUUCUCGAUGCUGUGAUGAAUUGGGGCGAAAAUAUGCCCAGUCCAGUUUACAAUAGAGGUCUGUUGGUUGGCAUUCAUGAUUGUCUCUAUCGCAACAUGUUCAGAGUUCGCUAUCUAGUGCUUUGUGAUUUGGACGAAAUUAUUAUGCCAAAGAAUGGCCUGAACUGGCAUGAAUUGAUGCCUAUGAUAGACAAGAGCACAAGAGUUUACUUUUCAUUCAGACAUUUAGGUUUCCAUAAGAACGCCAGUGGACAAAUAGAAUACAUGUCCUGCCCCGGUAACAAAACCAUGAAGUAUAAAAUGCCACGGUUCUUCGCAACGCAUAACAGAUCAGAAAACGUCCUCACCAAAAAUCGACAAAUGAAAUCAAUCAGCAAGCCACGUUACUCUAUCGCUAUCCAUGUCCACCACUGGCGAUGGUUGAUCAAAGGUUAUUGGCAAUACUUGGUACCAACACAAAUAGCCGUGAUGAAACAUUUUCGAGAUAAAGACGAUCCAAGAUAUAAAGACUAUAACAGUACAAUAGAUUAUAGUAUGGACAGUUUAAAGUCAAAAGUCCUAGACGCCAUAGAAAGACAUUAUUGUAUAUAUAUGAGACACACUGUUAAAUGACAUAUGAUUACUUGCUUCUUGCAAGUUCCAACGCUAUUGUAAUUUCUCUAAAUCUACGUUUAAUAUUAUAUACAUUAUUGCACAUCA